ACUUUAACGAAUCUGAUCUGAGCAAAGGUUGGUUGUGAGCGAAACACAGAAAAUGAUACCCAGAUGCUCUGUUUCACCCCCUCAGAUUCGCCCAUUUCAGUUUCAGAACUUGAACGGUCUCCGACAACUCGCCGAAACGCGGCGUUUCAAGGUAUGGUUGCUGGACCAGUUCGGAGUCCUCCACGAUGGAAAACAACCUUACCCCGGUGCCAUUUCAACCUUAGAAAAUAUAGCUAAGACGGGUGCUAAGAUGGUGAUCAUAAGCAACUCAUCGAGACGUUCAUCGGUGACUAUUGAGAAAGUCAAGGGUCUUGGAUUUGAUGCCUCUCUUUUUCUGGGUGCCAUCACUAGUGGAGAACUAACUCACCAGUACUUGCAAAGCAGGAGAGAUGAUCCUUGGUUUGCAGCUUUGGGAAGGUCUUGCAUUCAUUUCACCUGGAAUGGCCGGGGAGCAAUACCUCUCGAGGGCUUAGACUUGCGAGUCGUUGAGAAUGUUGAAGAAGCUGAAUUUGUUUUGGCUCAUGGUACUGAAGCCUUGGGGAAUGCCGAUGGCAGUUCAUGUUCAAUGAAACUUGAAGACAUGGAGAGGAUAUUGGAGCUUUGUGCUGCCAAAGGAAUUCCUAUGGUGGUAGCCAAUCCAGAUUAUGUAACUGUUGAAGCUAGAGACUUGCGUGUGAUGCCUGGUACACUGGCAGCUAAAUAUGAAAAGCUUGGGGGUGAAGUAAAAUGGAUGGGCAAACCUGAUGAGAUAAUCUACAAGUCAGCCAUGGCCAUGGCUGGCACAGAUGUUUCUGACUGUAUUGCUGUGGGUGAUUCAUUCCAUCAUGAUAUUAAAGGUGCUAAUGCUGCUGGAAUCGAAUCUGUUUUCAUCACUGGCGGGAUUCAUGCUACUGAACUUGGACUCCAUGGUUUUGGAGAAGUUGCAGAUUCAUCUUCUGUGCAAUCACUUGCCACCAAAUAUGAAGCUUAUCCUUCUUAUGUGUUGCGUGCAUUCACAUGGUAGAUCUUCAUCUCAAGGAAUCUGAACCACUACAGUUAUAAUUGUAAUCCUUUUGGUUUUGUAUGAUUUAUUGGCCAUUGAUACAAAUUACAUACUGUGUUGAUAAUUUGGUAACUAAAACAAGCAAGAUAAAACAAAAAAAAGAUGAGAGUAUAGUGCAUGCAUAGUGAAGUUUUACUGAAA